UAGCGGGUGUGACGUUUCCCACAUCUCGUCGGCUAAGGAAAAUAUGCUGUUCUACGCCUUCUAAUCCGGAGAAUUUCAACCUUGUAAUGAAAUUGUAACCAAAGAGGACAGCUAUGAUUUCAUAAACUCAAUGGAAGUGUUCCCGUCAUUUCAACAUCCAUCCAAAAAGAACAACAGAACGUCUCGACAGGAACGUUUGGGUUUUGACAGAGCUUUCGACCGAAGUAGCAAGUUAUCAUUGCCCUGACUGAACCGCGAGACAGUUUGUAGACCAACUGCACGCCUACCCAUCUCGCCCUUUCCUGGCCAGGGCUAACCGCCACACAGUGACAGGACUGUCUGUGUCGACUGCUGCCCAGAUGCCCGGUGGAGGAUGCCUUCGCAACAGCUAGACAUGGAGGUGAUGACACCCCUCAUCGAGAACCCUGGAGGAGGAGGAGGGCAGGAGGAGGAGAACUCUGAAGAGGACCAGGAUCCAGAGCUGCUGCCUGUCAGACACUAUGAGCUGGGCAACAGCCACCAGGGCAUCACGUUUACUCAGGCUCUCAUCCACCUGCUAAAGGGGAACAUUGGAACUGGGUUGCUGGGUCUUCCCCUGGCAGUACGCAACGCAGGGGUCAUAGUGGGGCCUCUUUGCCUGGUGCUGAUGGGUGUGGUCUGUGUUCACUGUAUGCACAUCCUGGUUAACUGUAGCCACCACCUGUGUGAGAGGUUGAAGAGACCUCCCCUGGGGUACAGUGACACAGUGGCCUUCUCCAUGGAGCACAGCUCCUACCAGUGCUUCAGGAAGAGUGCCAGAUUUGGGAGGCACCUGGUCAACUUCUUCCUGGUGUUGACACAGCUGGGAUUCUGCAGUGCAUACUUUGUGUUCCUGGCAGAGAAUAUAAAACAGGUCGUUGAGGGAUACCAAGGUGUAAACAUCACCCUGGCAGAUGAAUCCCUGUCAUUCGCCAACACCUCCAUGGUGCCAGCCCCGGUCCCUCUACCCACCAUGGUGCCCUCUGAGCCCUGGGCACUGGACCUGCGUCUUUACAUGCUCUUCUUCCUGCCCUUCCUCAUCCUGCUGGUGUUCAUGAAGGACCUGAAGAACAUGGCCGUCCUGUCGUUGCUGGCCAACGUCUGCAUGGCCGUCAGCGUCAUCAUCAUCUUCCAGUACAUCACGACGGAUUUUGGGGACCUUCAACGUCUCCCUCUCACUUCCCCCUUGGGCAAGUUCCCCUUCUUCUUCGGAACAGCCAUCUUUGCCUUCGAAGGCAUCGGAGUGGUUCUUCCUCUAGAGAACCAGAUGAAGGAACCGAAGCGGUUCCCCACGGCUCUGAACAUCGGGAUGGGUAUCACCAUCGUCCUCUACGUUGUCUUGGCAACGCUGGGCUACCUCCACUUUGGUGAUGACAUCAAAGGAAGCAUAACCCUUAACCUUCCUCACAACGCAUGGACCAAUCAGAUGGUGAAGAUCCUGUACUCCUUCGGAGUGUUUGUUAGCUUUGCCAUCCAGUUCUUCGUCCCGGCGGAGAUCAUGAUUCCCCCGGUCCAAGCGAGGCUAAGGAAGAGCUGGAGGGCACCCUGUGAGAUGAUCCUCAGAGGCCUGCUCGUCUGCCUCACCUUCUCCUUUGCUGUGCUGAUCCCUCGUCUAGACUUGGUCAUCUCCCUGGUGGGUGCCGUGUCCAGCAGUGCCCUGGCCCUGGUCUUCCCCCCCCUGGUGGAGCUCAUCACCUUCUCAGACCGACCGCUGAAGCCAGCCAUGUUGGUCAAGGACCUUGUCAUCGCUGUGGUGGGCUUCAUAGGGUUCCUGGCUGGGACCUAUGUCACCCUGGCCGAGAUCGUCUCUCCAGAGGAGCCUCCGGAGGUCAUCAGGGAGGCAGCUCAGAACCUGACUGUUGUUGCUGCUACUGCUGUGGCUGGGGCCUUGGGGAUGUCUGAGGAGCUAGGCGGGAACUGGACCACACCUACUACUGCUGUGAACUUGGGAUGACCUUGGUUGACCUUAAAAUGACCUGUAGUCAUAGCUCCUAGGGCAACAGGAGAUUAAAUGACGAGCAGAUAAUGUGUUCACUUACAGAUUGUUUUUCAUAUGGUUGCUGGAUCCUUGUUUUGUCAAAUCUAUAGGAAAUGAAAUGGGCAGCAUAGUCCCUGACGACGAUCUGACAGGAAUACUCGAGUGUCCUUCCGCACAGUGUAGUCAUUGGAACAUGAAGAAGUAGAACCAAACACACAUCAUAGAAACGUAGGAAAGACACUGUACUGUACACAGCCUAACCACAUAGAACCCUUUCAUAUGGAUGUUAUGGACUGCGCAGACAUAAGAACAACAUUUGUGGCACACACACAAGCGUAAACAUCCCCAGCUAGCUUAUCCCACUCAUCACCAGCUUCAGCACAUUGCCCCGCAGUGAUCAGAGUUCUCUCUCCAUCUCCAGCAGAGCUAGUGUGACAUUUCCACUGCCUCAUCUCUAUCAGAGGGAAAAACUAAUCAAAAACGAAAUCAUGAAUGUAUGAUGUUGCAGGGAAACAACAGCCCUUCUUUAUGCAGGUCCCACAGUACGUCAUCUGAAACCAGAUUCUCCUUCUUGUAUUGUUGGUGAUUCUAUAACCUCUGAUAUGGUUUUUCAACCCUUGGGGAGUGGGGCCUGUAGCCGCUAUCAAUUCUUAUGAUAAAUGUUCCCUCCAAGCUGCCCUCCUUCGGGCUGCCGCGCAGAUGAAAUAUCAGCCCAAGCAGAAAAGCACGAGAUUGAACUUCACUCAACUUUCUACAGUUUUCCUCUUUAGUUAACACCAUCAACGUUUCACACUACUGUGGGAAUUUUGCUCGAAUCAACGCAAUAUUAGCCACUUUCAAUGUAACAUACCGAAACAAAACGAGCUAUGCAAGAUUUAGUAUGCAAAACUAACUGUGCAAGAGAUUUUCUUUUGGGCAGAGCACAUUGGAAUAGGAUUCUAUAGAAUUUACAUGAAUAACUCAGGCCCAUAUGCUACACAGACCGGUGCACCAUAACCAAUCAGAGCUGCAGAAGGCCUAUAUGCAAAUAGCCAUUGCCAUAUAUGGAUCUGUGCCAUUCAGUUUGAAGUGGACAACAUGAGCGGUAUUGAGUAGAUGUGUUUGUUUUGAGAUCAAAGCGAGAACUGCAUAUAGCCACCUGUGCUCAUUUGUUCAUAUUCUUUGCUAGUUAGCGAGUUAUUAGCAAAUUUUUUGUCAACAAUCAGGGAGUGGUUGCUUCCUACACGAACACAAAAUGCAUUUCUAGUCAUCUUUGAAAAGCAAGUCAAGUAAAGAGCUUUUUUUGUCUUAAAA